AAAAACGGCGUCCGCGAUGGAAGACGUCAUGCGCCAAUCACCUGCCGAUCUCAUCGAAACAGAGGGUCACGAGCAGGGAUGUCCUCCAAUAGCAGUCUAUCUCGACUACCCCGGCUUUGCAGCAGCUCACGAUCGCAAUUAGGGCACAUGCGAAAGCGAGUCUGCGGCUGAGCCGAGCCUGCAGGAUAUAACACCUGCAGAAGGCCAAUCCUGUGUAACCAAUCCUUCGACCAGUGAUGCGGGAGCCAUGUCGGUCGCUUCCACCAUACCUUUACGACAAGACGUUGGCGAGCUGGAAGCUGGUACAUCCACUGCCAUGCAAGAGUAUAAUUCCCAUUCGGAUCGUGGCUCUGGACUUGAGAGCUACUUCGAUCUUGCUCAGGGCCCUACUGCGUCGAUCAAAAGGCCUGCUGAAAAGCAAAAGAUGGCCUUUGAAAAGACGACCCGCUCUACAUCUUCUCAUCUGCCCUCUAAUAUGUCCCGGCGCAGGGCGACAAGCCAACUUGCUUCCCCUAUUGUUGAUUUUGAUGUUGCUACGGCAGAGAAACCAUACAGAAAGCGCCAGAGCAGUCAACCAGUACCGGGCCCCAAGUGCUACUACAUUAUUGAUCCCAGAGUCCCCGGCUUAGCUUGGUACUUGGCAAAGGGAAAGGGCAAUUCAAAUUCACCAGAAUAUGAAGUUGAAAGCGUACCAGCUUGUUUGGUUCACACCAGGCAGAAUCAUGUAGGAUAUCUUAUUGAAACAGCUAAUCGAGACGAGGUGACCGUCGACGCUGGAUAUCGAUCAGCAUCUUGGACUCCAAAAUACCAGAAUGGCUGGGCUACCGUAGCAGAGCCUCUUCAAGAAAAGGCAAACAUCAAUUCAGAAACAAAAUCCAAUAAAAGGGUGAAUCGAUUUGAAAGAAGUGACGCUGAAAGAGAACCACCCAGCGAUGAGUCGAGUGUUAUCGUGAACCGCCGCGAGAUUCCCCUCAUAGCGAAGAGUAUCAUACGCCAGUUGCACACAAUCCGGCCGCAAGAGCGCAUGUAUACCACAAGCAACAGUGAAGAAAAGGACGGGGCUUCAUCAUCUGAACAGCGAGAUCUCGAGAAUAUCAUCGAGGCUGCCCUGUUGGAAUUUGGGAAACUAGCGCAAUACAGUGAUAAAACCAGGGCUCAUGGGGAAGAAAUUACCUCCGAGAACAAAACGCCUGCCCAAUUCAAGCUUGAAAGCGAGUCUCAGCGCAUUAAUCUUCGGCCAUCUAUAGCUGCAGAUCCGGCCAUUACGUUGAGCAUACCUGAGACAUCAUUUACCAUCCCAGACGCUGAUCACAAACACAAUGUACUCAGAAAAGACUGGAAACGAGGAACUUCGACAGCGACGACGCUAAUUUCACCACAAAGCAUUACUUCAAUCACCUGGACGAAGCAUGACGGGCAUUUGGAAGAGCCGACUGGGCCUCCUAUAACAACAGACAGUCCUUCAGAUGAGAAUUCUGCCGAAACACGUCGCACCUCAUCCUGUCAUGGUCACAGUCAAGACCAGAAAUUAGAGGCCUCGCAAACCUCUCUUGGGGCUUCCAGUGUCGCAUCAUCCAUGACCUCGUUUCCGAAACUACUUUCACGCCAUUGUACUCGAGAAUGGAUCAAGCCUCUUACUAAUUUGGAAGACUUUCACCACAGGCCAUCAUCUGAACUAAAAUACCCAGGAUCUGAAUCUCGCGCCGAUCGCCCUUCCCACGUGCCGUUUAACGAGAGCUCAUUCUCAAACUCUUGGGCCGGCGAUAGUUUCCAAUCUCAUGAUGCUUCCAGCUAUUUUACCAAUGAAGCUCAUCAGAACGCCCGGCGUUCAACCAUAUCCCAGUCUCCACUGGGAAACUUGAAAAACUUUGGUAGUCAAAUUGGCGCGGCGCGGCACCGCCGUCGAAGUACGGCAUCCUACGAUUCCAGGGCUCCGGUCUGGGAGGAUCAAUUUCUGCCAAGUAUUCUAAGCAGGUUCUUCCAUAACAAAAGUAAAGGAACGCCUGGAAGCCCCGAUUCCAAAGAAACGAUCCAUUCAGGAGCUCUGGCCCCUUGCAACUCGCCGGCUCACGGCCAUUAUUCAGCGAAUAACCCCAGAUCUGGAAAUGGGUCGUUUCAUGAACGAAGCCCGACUGUGUCGGUGGAGGACAGAGCCAGGAUACAGGAAGUCCUUGUUGGAGGCCCCGCAGCAAUGCACAGGCGCCGAUGCGAUACGUGUUCUGAAGAUAACAGGCCUCACAUUUGUGAGGAAGACAUGGAAAAUAGAGUGAGGUGAAGAUAUGAAGAGCAAGAUUGUACCAACAUAUGCGAGUAAAAUUAGUUUUCCGCACCUUUCCCUAUGUUGUAUCGUCCGCAU